GAUCGCGGCUUGGAAGAUGCUCCUCUCCAAGUUCGGCUCGCUCGCUCACCUUUGCAGCCCGACCAGCAUGGAUCACUUGCCGGUGAAGAUCCUCCAGCCAGUGAAAGUGGAGAAGGAACCGUUCGAUAAAAUCUAUCAAGUGGGCUCCGUGCUCGGCAGCGGGGGAUUUGGCACGGUCUAUGCUGGGAACCGGAUCGCAGAUGGCUUGCCGGUGGCGGUGAAGCAUGUGGUCAAGGAGAGAGUCACGGAGUGGGGCACGAUUGGUGGAGUAAUGGUACCCUUGGAGAUAGUCCUGUUGAAGAAAGUGGGGUCUGGCUUCCGAGGGGUAAUCAAGCUCCUGGACUGGUAUGAGAGACCAGAUGGCUACCUGAUUAUUAUGGAACGGCCAGACCUGGUGAAAGAUCUCUUUGACUUCAUCACCGAGAAGGGCGCCCUGGACGAGGAGACCGCCCGGGGCUUUUUUCGCCAAGUCCUAGAGGCGGUGCGCCAUUGCUACAGCUGUGGCGUGGUGCACAGGGACAUCAAGGAUGAAAACCUCCUGGUGGAUCUCCGGACAGGCGAGCUAAAGCUGAUCGAUUUUGGGUCCGGGGCCAUCCUCAAGGACACCGUUUACACUGAUUUUGAUGGGACACGUGUGUACAGUCCUCCAGAAUGGAUUCGCUAUCACAGAUACCACGGCAGAUCAGCGACCGUGUGGUCCUUGGGCGUCCUCUUGUAUGACAUGGUCUGCGGGGACAUCCCUUUUGAACAAGACGAGGAGAUCCUGAGGGGACGGUUAUACUUCCGAAGACGAAUUUCACCAGAAUGCCAACAACUGAUCAAAUGGUGCCUUUCCCUGAGGCCUUCGGACAGACCGACACUCGAGCAGAUUUUUGACCACCCAUGGCUGCACAAAUCAGAAAUGGUGAAGUCAGAAGACUGUGACAUAAGGCUACGGAACAUUGACACAGAUGUGUCUAGCACAAGUUCGAGCAAUGAGAGCCUGUGAAAUAUUAAGGACCAUGCAACAGGAGGGGAGCUACGAGCAGAAAAAUAAAUUUACAAGACCACAGUGCUGCUGCUGCUGCCAAUAUGUAGGAGGGGCUAGGAAAAAUGCAUUCUUUAUUCUGUAGUUUGAAUCUUUGUCUGAGGGACUUUAAUUUUUUGUUAUUAUUAUUUCCCCCUUUUCUGGCUGGUUUCUGCUUUGGAAUGAGAGAUUUCCUUUGGAAAUGCUGACGUUUGGGAGUUUGCAGGCCAGUACUUAGUCAAGACUGACCU